AUUAUUACAGGGAAAUGCAAAAGUCUUUAGUGCCAUAGAUCGCUUUAAUUAAUUAGGGCUGAAGGGCCAGUGAAAAUCCAAUUAGAAGGAGGUGCACAUAGGUGGACUUUGAACUCUGCUGCAACAUAUGGAAAUCAUAGAGAUCUUCAAACCAGAAAAACUGCUCUUCUGAUCGGAAGAUCAAGUUGCUCCGUGGCAAUAAUUGGUGAUAUCAGUGCAGUAUCUUUAUCUGGAGGUUCUCUGCAUCUGUGGGAACGUCAGCAGCUUGUGACGUAAUGUUGCCGCGCUCCUUAUCGCUAUAGAAUGCUCAAGAUUAGUUCGAAACUAUCGGCUAGGUGCAAAUUCCAAUAAUCCACUUGACUUGCCAGAAAACAACAACACUAGUUUCGAAAUCGAACAGCUGCCGGGCGUGAAGGUGAAGGUGAAGGAGGAGCAGAAAAGACCAGCAGUAGCUACCUGUCGCCAUGACCACCACAGAGAACGUGUCCACGGAGCGCAAAGCGAAUCCAGUGAAGUCCUUCCUGACGGGCGGAUUCGGUGGGAUCUGCAAUGUGCUCUCUGGCCAUCCGCUGGACACCAUCAAGGUGCGCCUGCAGACCAUGCCGCGUCCAGCGCCGGGUGAGCAGCCCCUGUACCGCGGCACCUUCGACUGUGCGGCCAAGACUAUCAAGAAUGAGGGCGUCCGCGGUCUGUACAAGGGCAUGUCCGCACCGUUGACGGGCGUUGCUCCGAUCUUUGCGAUGUGCUUCGCCGGCUACGCGCUGGGCAAGCGGCUGCAGCAGCGCGGCGAGGACGCCAAGCUGACCUACCCGCAAAUCUUCGUGGCCGGCUCCUUCUCCGGCCUGUUCUCCACCCUGAUAAUGGCGCCCGGCGAGCGCAUCAAGGUGCUCCUGCAGACGCAGCAGGGUCAGGGUGGCGAGCGCAAGUACAACGGCAUGAUCGACUGCGCCGGCAAGCUCUACAAGGAGGGUGGACUUCGCAGCGUCUUCAAGGGCAGCUGCGCCACAAUGCUCAGGGAUCUGCCCGCCAACGGCCUGUACUUCCUGGUCUACGAGGCGCUGCAGGAUGUGGCCAAAUCGAAGUCAGAGACGGGCCAAAUCAGCACUGCCUCAACGAUUUUCGCAGGUGGAGUGGCGGGCAUGGCCUACUGGAUUCUGGGCAUGCCAGCCGAUGUGUUGAAGAGCCGCCUACAAUCGGCUCCCGAAGGCACCUACAAGCACGGCAUUCGCAGUGUCUUCAAGGAUCUGAUUGUCAAGGAUGGACCUCUGGCCUUGUACCGCGGCGUGACGCCCAUCAUGCUCCGAGCCUUCCCCGCCAACGCUGCCUGCUUCUUCGGCAUUGAGCUGGCUAACAAAUUCUUUAACAUCGUAGCGCCAAAUUUCUAGUUUGUCUAAUAAAGUGCCUCGCUAAAAUGUUUUUACAACUUAAA